AUGUCUUCAGAACAACAGAAAGUUGCUCUUCCUCCUGAUCUCUUACCGGUCGAACAAGCAAAUCCAGCUGAAGGUGCAGCCGCUGCGUCUGUACCCGGAGGUGAAGAAGGUGGAAAGGAAACUUCUAAAAAUGCCGCUAAGAAGGAAGCUAAGCGAUUGGAGAAGCUCGCUCAAAAGGCAGCAAAGGGACCGGCUGUAGCUCAAGGUCCAGGUAAAAGCAAGGCGGACAAGAAAGAAAAGAAAGUAGAAGUAGCUGCAGAGGAAUGGGUCAAUACCACGCCAAAAGGAGAGAAGAAAGAUGUAUCCGGCAAUCUUCCCUCUGGGUACGACCCAAUUCAGGUAGAAGCUGCUCAUUACGAUUGGUGGAAUACCAAAGGAUUCUUCAAACCUCGUUAUGGAUCUGAUGGAAAACCAACCGAAAAAGGAACAUUCUGUAUCACAUUCCCUCCUCCUAAUGUUACCGGUAAUCUCCAUAUCGGUCACGCUUUGACCGUUUCACUUCAAGACGCUAUGAUUCGUUGGAAACGAAUGCAAGGGUUCACUGUCUUAUACCUCCCUGGAUAUGAUCAUGCUGGUAUCGCAACUCAAGCUGUUGUAGAACAAAGAUUGAUGAAAACCGAAGGACACUCCAGACAUCAUUAUGGUCGAGAGAAAUUCUUGGAGAAGGUGUGGGAUUGGAAAGAUCAAUAUCAAGCUAAAAUCACCAACCAAAUGGAACGACUCGGUGGUUCAUUCGACUGGGAUAGAGUCGCUUUUACCAUGGAUGAUUCACUGAGCAAAGCUGUCCAAGAAUGCUUCUGCAUAAUGCACGAGAAGGGUUUGCUGUAUCGUGCAAACAGAUUAGUAAACUGGUGUGUCUACUUGAACACUAGUUUGUCAAAUCUCGAGGUCGAUCAAAUGGCCUUGACAGGUCGAACUAUGUUGAACGUGAAAGGCUAUGAUGCCAAAGAGAAAUUCGAAUUUGGUGUCAUUACUUCUUUCGCAUAUCCAAUCGAGAAUUCGGAUGAGAAAAUUAUCGUAGCAACUACACGUCCAGAAACCAUGCUUGGUGAUACAGCAAUUGCCGUUCAUCCAGAUGAUACCCGAUAUACACACCUUCACGGUAAAUUCGCUAUUCACCCAUUCAACAAUCGUCGAAUCCCAAUUAUCACCGAUGCUAUCACUGUAGAUAUGGAGUUUGGUACUGGUGCUGUAAAGAUUACUCCUGCUCAUGACCCUAACGAUUUCGAAUGUGGUCAACGAAAUAACUUAGAAUUUAUAAGUUUGAUGAAUGAUGAUGGAACAUACAAUGAGAAUGCUGCUCCUUACCAGGGCAUGAAACGAUUCCACAUCAGAAACGAGAUCAUCAAAGAUCUGAAAGAAAAAGGAUUAUUCGUUGAGCAGAAUGACAACGAGAUGCAAAUUCCUAUCUGCUCUCGUUCCGGUGAUGUCGUCGAGCAAAUCCUCAAACCUCAAUGGUGGAUCAACUGUAAACCUUUGGCAGAGGACGCUCUCAGACGAACCCGAGCCGGCGAGCUUGAAAUCAAGCCCAAAACAUCUGCCGCUGACUGGAUCCGUUGGAUGGAGAACAUGCAAGAUUGGUGUAUCUCUCGACAACUAUGGUGGGGUCACAGAUGUCCCGCUUAUCUGAUCAAAUAUGACGGAGAAGCUACCGAUACUGCCGACAACAAGAACUGGAUCGUAGCGAGAAGCUUCGAGGAGGCAGAGAUCCAGGCGAAAGAACAAGCACAGGGUAAAAAGUACACUCUCGAACAAGACGAGGACGUUCUUGAUACCUGGUUCUCAUCUGGUCUUUGGCCUUUCUCAACGAUGGGCUGGCCUAAUAAGACUGCCGACAUGGAGCACUUCUACCCCAACUCGAUCCUCGAAACCGGAUGGGAUAUCAUCUUCUUCUGGGUUGCCAGGAUGGUCUUCUUCGGAAAUGCCCUCACAGAUCAAAUGCCUUUCAAGGAAGUUUAUUGUCAUCCAAUGAUCCGAGAUGCUUACGGCCGAAAAAUGUCAAAAUCUCUCGGAAACGUUAUCGACCCAUUGGACGUCGUUACCGGUCAGAACCUUCAAAAACUACACAACGAUCUUCGAAUGGGUAAUUUACCUGAGAAAGAGAUUCUCAAAGCUGAAGAUGGACAAAAGAAACUUUUCCCCAAAGGUAUCCCACAAUGUGGUACUGACGCCUUGAGAUUUACCUUAUGUAACUAUACUUCAGGAGGUCGAGAUAUUAACAUGGAUAUCGGUCGAGUUGAAGGAUACAGAAAGUUCUGUAACAAACUUUGGAACGCUACAAAGUUCUGCCUCUUCCGAAUGGAUUUGGUCAAUUUGGAAGGUGUAAGACAACAAAGUACUUUCGUUCCUAACGCUUCAGCCCUGCCAACGGGUAAAGAAGGUCUAGUUGAAAAGUGGUUGUUCCACAAACUCAAUGUUGCUUCUGCUACCGUUAACAAGUCUUUGGAGACUAGAGAGUUUGCAGAUGCUACAAAUGCUGCUUAUCAAUACUUCUUGAAUGACUUGUGUGAUGUUUUCAUCGAAGCAACCAAACCUCUUUUCGAAGCCAAUCCAGAUGCCUCCGCCAAAAUAUCCGCUCAAAACACAUUAUAUACAUGUCUGGAAGGUGGAUUGAAAUUGUUACAUCCUUUUAUGCCUUACGUUACUGAAGAUCUGUGGCAACGUUUACCAAGAAGAGAAGGUGAUAAAUGUGAAUCUAUCAUGUUGGCUUCAUUCCCUGAAUACAUUUCACAACAAGAGUUCCCUGAAGCUGUCACUGAAUUCGAUACUGUCGUGGAAUGCAUCAAAUCCGCUCGAUCAAUUGUUGGACUGUAUAACCUGCCAACGAAUGGUAAGACCGUUGAGGACAAAAUUACUGUCCUUGUACAAGUCAAGAAUGACCAACAAAUGAAAAUCCUCAGAUCUCAAGAAGCUAUCAUUGUUGGAUUGACCAAAGGAUGUGGUACCGUUAAAUUCAUUGUUGAAGAUUCAGAAGUACCAAAAGGAUGUGGAACUGAAUUUGUCACCACCGACAUCAAUGUGCAUAUUCCCGUUGCUGGAAAAGUCAACGCUGCAGCAGAAGUAGAUAAAUUACAAAAGAAAGAAGCUAUCGUCCAAUCGAAUAAAAACAAAUUGAUAAAAUUGACCGAACAACCAAAUUAUGAAACUACUAUAAAAGAAGAAGUCCGAAAUUCGAAUUCUGAAAAGUUGAAGAAUAUAGAAGUCGAAAUUGAAACUCUUAGAUUAGCGAUUGAGAGAUUCCAAUCGAUUUUAUAG